AUGGAGAUCGACAUUCGCUCGCUGAUGCCACUGGGACCGGAUGACCAUAACGGUGAGUACAAUGAAUGUCUAGCAUUAGCAUUCCGCCCACUGCGUAUCAUCAGCUCCCUGGACCUGAAUCACAUUAUCUUCACCAACCUCGACAAUCUUGAUCAACCAGCCGUGACAAGAAUACAUGAGCUCUGGAAUUCACCUGCUUGGGUCAGGCUUGACAACACCCCACUCCAAGUAUGGACCAACGCCAUGAAGAGAUCGGAAGCGGCCGAUGCGCUUGCAAAACAACUUCAUGAUCUAGAAGCGACAUCUACGACCUUUCUCCCCGCGACAGAGAUGCUCGACGAGAAGAUAGCGGCUAUUGCUCGCAUGAACCCGAGAUUCUGGGAGGCUCCUGUGGAUCCGCGCGAACGUUUCAUCACGCCGGAGAAUGAGUGGGAUGUGUUGGAGCCAUUUCGCAAGCUGGAUGUAGCAGUCGAUGAGCUUGAUUUGGACGAAAUUAGGAACGUUCUGAUAGAGCAGGUCGCGGAUAGGGCCAGAAGGGAUCUCGAGGCUAUGGAGAGCACAAUUAGGCGGAUUGGGUAG